AUGAAAGACAGCACAGUCGAGGAAACCAUGCCUGCCGGGGUCGCCUCGAAGAUCGAUUACGAGGAUGCCACCCACGUUGAGUAUGAACGGAUUGACCCCGAGGAGGAGAAGAAGUUGGUGCGGAAGCUCGACAUGGUUAUAAUGCCGAUGAUGGCAUUUGUUUACUUUUUCCAAUACAUCGAUAAACAAACCAUCAACUACGCAGCCAUUUUUGGCCUGAAAACCGAUCUUAAACUUACUGGCGACGAGUUCUCAUGGGUCGUAUCCCUAUUCUACCUGGGCCAGCUCUGCUCCCAGUGGCCUGCUGCGUACCUGCUGAGCCGACUGCCCAUCACGGUGUUCGUUGGCGGAACCAUCAUUGCCUGGGGCGCCGUCGAGAUGUGCCUCGCUUCCCCAAGUAACUUUGGCGGGAUGGCGGCCAUUCGCUUCUUCCUAGGCUUCACCGAAGGAAGCGUCUCGCCCGCCUUCAUCAUCAUCACUUCCCUAUGGUACAAGCGCAGCGAGCACAACUCUCGAGUAUCCACCUGGGUGGCCAUGAACGGCGUCGCCCAGAUUGUUGCAGCUCUUUUGAUGUACGGGAUUGCCAAAAACGAGCACGCCUUGGCCCCCUGGCGUGUCCUGUUCUUGGUAACCGGCGGCAUGACUAUUGCUUGCGGAGUCGUCUUUGUGCUAUGGAUGCCGCGAAGUCCCGGCUCUGCGUGGUUUCUCAACGAGAAGGAGCGAUCUCUGGCCGUCCGGCGACUUGCAGCUGACCGUGGUACCAAGGAAGGCUCUGACUUCAACUGGGCCCAGGCUAGAGAAGCGUUGACUACCCCGACCACGUGGCUGUACUUCCUCAUGGCACUCGGACUUACGCUUCCUACUCCUAUCAUUAAGUUCUCCUCUACUGUCAUCAACGGCUUCGGCUUCGACACCUACAAGACUAUGCUCGUUGGUCUCCCCGCUGGCGUUUUCAGCAGUGGCUCCGUCAUCCUCGCCGCUAUCCUCCCGGCAUACAUUCGAAUCAAAUACAUCCGAAUCUAUACAGGCUUGAUCGUCACUGCUAUUCCAUUAAUUGGCUCAGCACUCAUGACCAGCCUGCCCCUCGACGCCAGCUGGGGAGUCGUUGUCGCCACCUGGCUUGCGGGCGGCUUCGCCGGGACCCUGAGCAUCUCUGCUGGCCUCAUGGCUUCCAACGUCAAGGGAAACACCAAGAAGUCGGUUGUGUCUACUGGAUUCUUCGUGUGCUACUGUAUCGGUUGCCUGGUGGCUCCCCAGGCGUGGCAGAGCAAGGAUGCGCCGCGCUACAGCACCGGCAACUAUCUCAGCAUCGGCUCUCUCUGCCUGCUAUUCCUCACCUUUAUCGCCUACGGAGUUGAUAUGGAGCGUAGGAACAGGAACCGUGACCGGAAGGCUGCUCAGGGCGACAGCCGUUAUCUUGUCACGGAGGCUGAUGGGGUGGCUACUGGUGUUUCGCUUAGCUCGGACAUGACGGAUAUCGAGGACAAGGUUUUCCGGUAUAGAUUUUAA